AGAAAGCCAGCGUCUAAAGCUGGAUAGUUUUAAUAGCAUGGAGUUCUGUUUUGUUAAGCUAGCAGCGUCCCCCUCCACUGAUUUUACUAUCCUGGCUUGUGUGUACCACCUUCGUCUGGCCGGCCAAGCUAGCGUUUUCGAACGGCAAGUGCGUAGUGUCGACCUGUUUUACUUUUUCAAGGAGAUAACCACGUGCUUCUAAAACAAUUAUCAACAUGCCAAAAUUAAGUGCUGAGAUUAAUUUAAAGUUUGUACAAAUGUAUCGUGAGGAAGAAUGUCUGUGGAACGCCACUAUUCCAUCAUAUAAAGAUAAGUCCAUUCGUGAUACAGCACUACAAAAAAUAAGUGGCAAAUUAUUAGAACUCGGCUUAGAAAUGUCUAUCAAAGACAUAAAAAUGAAAAUAAAAAAUUUACGAGCAACUUACUGUCCAGGAACUGUCAACAACUGAAAAAUCAACUAGGUCUAGAGCACCUGCUCUUAGAACCUUCUAAGGACGAGUAUAAGUCAAAAUUAAAUUGGUUCGACGAAAUGCACAGUUUUAUUAAAUGUGUACCUAUGAAAAGGAAAACCACGGACAGUCAAGAAUCAGCAAUAGAUGAAGAGUUAGAAAACAGCCAAAUGAGCCAAGCCAACGUUGAAAAUAGCAAAGAAAAUCAUGUUGACAACAGCAAUGACAAUAGUGAUAACAGUGAAGACGUUGCAAAUUCUGAAAAUUUUUCACCACGGCCAUCUACAUCUGCAACAGGUAAUAUACUACAACGCAACGAGUCUGCGACACCAACUGCGAAAACUACUAGUAAAUCAAACUAUAAAAUGUCAGCUCCAACUCCGAAAAAGAGAAAAAUUGCGUGUGACAUCAUUGGUUAG